AUAAAGACGUCACUGAGGCCACCUUACAACACCCAUCUCCCUCAUUCUUCGGGACUGGGGAAAGGACUUUCUGAUGAGAGGAUUGAAGAAGCGAAGGCAGGAGACUCUCCUAUAGAGAGUGUAAGUUGGAUCCAUCAGCAUGAGUUCCAGAGGAAAAGAAGCAUGUGAGAUGACUUAAGAGCAAUUUUCCGGUAUAAAGUUUAACCUGAAACGGUUACAAAAAAAAAAAAUCAAUGUUUCAAAAGAAAACUUGAUCACAUUGGGAGAUAACACAGGUAUCCUAAUCGAGUGUGUGAGCGCCUCAAGGCUUUAUGCUGCUGCCAGAAGCACAUAUUUUUUUGAUUGGUAAGAACUGCCAGAUGACGCUUCAUGAAAUAUAAAUGCAAGAAAGACUCAGAGAGCUCCAUAGAAACCUUCUACCCGUCAGUCUAGGAGGAUAAGAGCAAGAUACUGUUAACAAGUGCAGGAGAUGGCUUUCGGAGUUCCAGUAUCAGUCUAUCUCUUAUUCAACGCAAUGACAGCGUUGACUGAAGAGAUGGCCAUGAAUGCAACACCCACAGUAACAACCCAGCAAAGUAACUGGACAAUUAACAAAACAGAAGCUGACUACACAAAAGGCCCUAUAGCCUUAAAAUUGUCACAUCCUUGCCUGGAAGACCACAACAGUUACUGUAUCAACGGUGUCUGUGCCUUCCAUCAUGAGUUGAAGAAAGCCCUAUGCAGGUGUUUUACUGGUUAUACAGGAGAAAGGUGUGAGCAUUUGACCUUAACUUCAUAUGCUUUGGAUUCUUAUGACAAAUACAUUGCAAUUGGGAUUGGCGUUGGAUUAUUAUUAAGUGGUUUUCUUGCUAUUUUUUACUGCUACAUUAGAAAGAGGUGUCUAAAAUUGAAAUCGCCUUACAAUUUCUGUUCUGGAGGAAGACCACUGUGAUGCCUUUGUAAGAAAUUUUCAUGAGGCAUUUGUAAAAAUCAGCGGGCCCAAAAUUGAAAUCUUCAAAAGAAACGAAACUUCCCACGCUGGCUAGACUCGAAAAUAACGGAAGUUGGGAUCAUGAUGAAAUGAGAGGAUAAACUUCAACAGUGAUCUUUAGACUUUGCCAUUUUUGGGAUGCCAUGGGAGCCCCAUGAAUCAAGCUUACAGUGACAGAAGUCAAGUUCAUAGGACUACUUUGGGUGUGUUGCUGUUGUUGUGUGGUUAUUGUUCUCACUGCAGAGAGACUGAGUAUUGUGCUUCUGACCAUGUCAGAUGUGAAUUUUCAUGAGAAUAAUGGUCAACCUUGCACAAGCCAGAGCAAUGCCACAUUUGGGGUCUUCACUUGCUUGCUACCAGUUUUUCAGACCUCUGCUCUGUGGAGCUAAUCUCAAAAAUGCUACUUUUAUGGUGUCUCAGAGGAUGUGAUGUCAACUAUUAGGAAGAGAUCAGUGUUAUGGAACCUUCAGUGAACCAAACAUGUGCCUGGAGUCUAAGCUAGAGAUAAGAAAAUGGAAUGUCCGAGGCAGACAUACAUCAUACACGGCUUGUGACAACACUACGGAAACUUUAUGUGUGAAAUAUGGAAUAAACUACAGAGUUUCUGGCUGAAAGGUAUCUGGAGAUCAAGCCCUGAGUAGGCAAAAUAUUUCUGUUUCUGAAUGGAUUAUAAAACGAGUUGGACAUUGGUCUCCUAAUGCUUAUGUCCAUCACUUCCUCCUAUUAUUAGUGGAAUUACCCAUUUGGACUGAAAUUCUAGAAUUCUACUAAUAAAUGAAAUUCUACACUUGGCCCUAAAAGAGAAACUGAGAAAUCGGACACAGGAAUUUUUUCAUCGGCCGACAGCACGUGGAAACCUUCUUUACCAUUUCUGAAUACUUGAUAGCAGAUUUGCACAUAGAGAAAGAAAAUGAAACGGUGGUAGAAAUAACUAUUUGGGAAGUAAGGUCCUUCCUCUUUAAUCAUAUUUCUUCCAUGUAGUUAGAAUAAUCUUGGGCAGGACCCUUAAUUUCUUUGAGCUUCAGUUUCAUUUUCUACAAGGCCCUUCUAGCUCUAAAAUUUGACAGUGAGAGAAGAAAAAUUUCCAUAUCUGUGCUGCAAGUGGGAUUAUUCUCAACCCCACCUCUAAACCCAAAA